GCGGCCCGUGGUGCUCAGACAUGUUCGGGACACGUCCGGGAGACGGUCACGGGUUUAUGAGUCAGCGGAGCUUCGAACAGGAGCAGUUUCACUUCUGCUGUCAGUCCGACGGAGUCCACGGACAGCCUCCAGAUGCAGAAUCAGAAAACCGGUCAGAACUCCACCAGGUCCAGUUCAGCCCAGAAACUGGUUCUCCCACAGGUCCGAUACCAUCCGUCCAUCCAGAUGGCAUCAGGAGGAGCUCGAGCCAAAACCACCAACAGCACCAGAACCAGUCAGACCCAGAGGACCAGGUCUGGUGCUGCAGGCCCUCCUCAGACCAGAACCAACACUCAGGUGGUCCAGAAGAACCAGGAUGCUGUGGAACCUUGUCCAGGUGGAAGACGGAAACAGAAACCGGCUACAGAUCCAGAACCUCCUCGGAAACCGGCUACAGAUCCAGAACCUCCUCGGAAACCGGCUGCAGAUCCAGAACCUCCUCGGAAACCGGCCCACACCUCAGACAGAACCGCCCCCAGCCCAGAGCAGUUCCCUGUGGGGGUGGAAGAACACCUGGACAGGCAUGUGGUGGAGCAGGUGGAGGUUCUGACCCGCGGACAGAGAACCAACCCGGAUUGGUUCUCCUGGAGGAAGAACCGCAUCACAGCUUCUGUCGCUCAUCGGAUCGCUAACUGCCAAUUCGUUAACGGGAAGAGCAAAACCCCGCCCGCUUCUUACCUGGCCGCCAUCACAGGCGAGGGGCCGAGGGUCCAGACCAGAGCCAUGAACUGGGGGAUCAACAUGGAGGCCGAGGCCGUCCGCAGGUACCAGGAGCUGAAGAGUCGUGCUUUGGGUCGGAAAGUCACCGUCCAGGACUGCGGCCUCUUCAUCGACGCCCAGAGGUCGUGGUUGGCCGCCAGCCCGGACGGCAUCGUGAUUGACAGCCGGACCGGCCAACGGCUGCUCUGCCUGGAGGUGAAGUGUCCCUACAAGCACCGCGACAGACUGGUGGAGGACGCCUGCAGGGACGACCCGGCCUUCUGUCUGGAGGUCCUGGACGAGGACGGACGGAGGCCUGGAGGGCCUCCCCGCUACCGCCUGAAGUCCACCCACAGCUACUUCACCCAGAUCCAGGUCCAGCUGUGGGUGUCGGGGCUGCAGGAGGCUGACCUGGUGGUCUUCACCCUGAAGGAGACCGCUGUGGUCCCGGUCCACUUCGACCAGCAGAUCUGGGACCAGACGCUGUCCAGGCUGGAGACGUUUUACCGGGACGCCGUCCAGCCGCACCUGCAGGCAGCAGAAGCCCAGAGACCAGAGAUGUAGAAGAACGGUCCCACCGCAGGAAACUUCCCCCAGAACAAGGAGCUGCUGCACUCAGUUCCUACCUGUGGAGACUCAGGAGAAUUUACCACUGAUGGUGAAGGUCCUCUACACUACCGUUCAACAGUUUAGGAUCACCCAGACAGUUUCAUGUUUUCCAUGAAAACUCACACUUUUAUCCAUGUGCUAACAUAACUGCACAAGGGUUUUCAAUCAUCAGUUAGCCACCGUUAGCGGGCGAGUUCCGACUUAUGGUGAAAAUCAUGUUAUGUCGUACCGUAGGAACGGAAUUCUGAUGUAAGUUGAGGACUUUUGUCUAUCAGGAGAAAUGACACUGACGGUUCAUGCAAAGAACACCAGCAUCAGUUCUGAGGAUUCUCUCUGACCCUCCGGUAUACAGGAGGUCCUCGGUUUACGACGUCCUCGACCUACAGCGUUUCGUGGUUACGUCGACAUCUCCCAUAAAUUUAUUAAGAAAGUCUUACGUAUGGUGUUUGCAGCAUUAAAAUAAAUAUCGCACGGGAAUUAGUUGCCGAGCAGAGCAGACGAAACGUCGUCACGCGGCGCUAUACAAGGAAGAUGGCUUUGUUUACAUUCUCUGGUCGUAUGCCACAAACGUCACUGUAUGUGAGUUCUGACUUACGGCAAAAACACAAUGUAGCAUUAGAACACAGGAGUGAUGGUUGCUGGAAAUGUUCCUCUGUACCCUAUGGAGAUAUUCUAUUAAAAAUCAGCCGUUUCCAGCUACAAUAGUCAUUUAGCACAUUAACUAUGUCUAGACUGGAUUUAUCAUUCAUUUAAUGUUACAUUCAUUUAAAAAAAAUGAUUUUCUUUCAAAAAUAAGAACAUUUCUAAGUGACUAAACUUUUGAACGGUACUGUAAAUAUCCACAGACUGAUGCAGGGAAAGUUCUGGACUUUAAUUUGGAGAAGCCAGAUGUUUUAGUUUUCAGAUGUUUUUCUUUUUCACAGGAUGCCAGCUCAGGUUUCAUUAUUGUCGCUUUGCAGCUCUUUCUGUAGCAUAACUCACUAUUAUUCUGCUAUUAGGGAAGAAAACUGGAGAUGAUGCAUGUAUUUAAUAUGCAUAACUGCACUAACUCCUCUGCAAAAAACUUGAAUUUAUUACUGUGGCAGGUUUCAGGCUUCCAAUAUUUAAACUAACAUUUUGCAUAUCUCACCAGUAAUAGAUGUAAUAUGCUCCAAUAUAUCAAACUUCAAACACAUCGUGCCAGAAACACCAGCACACCUGGAUAGAAUCAUGAGUCAGCAUGUUUAUCUGACCCACAAUCCUUUGCACCGUUACAUCACAGCGUCUAAACGAGCUCAAACUGCUAAAACGCACAAACAGAACCAGAUUUCAUACAUUAGACUGAUGAAGAUAAAAAUAAAAGGUCCUUUAUUUUGAAUAAUUAGACUCCAGAUGUUCUCAAACAGCUGAUCUGUGGAGGCAGCUGGAGUUUAAAGUAGAAUUUUAAAAAAAGGAUAAUCUGAGCCAGGAUGAUGGAAAUCUGAAUGUUUACACACAUAAAAAAAAUAAACUCUUCAAAGUUUAACAUUUUUCAGGGAGAAACUUAAAUACAAAAAAAAUAAAAAAAUAAAUCAUGAAUUUAAAAACUGAUCUAAAAUAUGAGGUGAAACGUUUACAAACUAAUAUAUAAGUAAAAUGUUUUAACUAAAAAAAUAGUCAAAAUUGUGAGAAAACAACCAAUAAAAGAAUAUUUCUGAAAGAAGGAUUUAAGUUUAUAUAUUCAUAUAAACUAGUUACAAAAAAAGUUACAAAUGUAAGAGAUGGGUUACACUUUGAGCUAAAAAAAAAUAAAAACAUUGAAAAAUAUGUCAAAAUUGUGAGAAAAUAUCAAAGUAGAAAAAUAUUCUAAAAUUUAUUUUAAAUACAAAAAUGAUUUAAAGGAAAAACUUUUUAUAAAUUUCUUUUUAUAUUUAGUAUUUUUCCUCAAAAAUGAGGAAAUACAUAAAACUAAAUGACAGAAAUUAAAAUAAUUUUAAAAAUGAGAUAAAACAUCAAAAUUGAUAAAGGAAAACUAAAUAUUGUGAAAAUAAAAAUAAAAAUAAAAAAGAUUGUUUCAAUACAUUAAACAAUAAUAAACACAAUUCUGCAAAAACUUUUUUAAAACAACAAGUCUACACAGACUGUUUCAGCUCGACGUUACUUUAGACUUUUAUAUUUAUUUUUGGCACUUUUUAUUCAUUAUUCAACCUUUGUUAGUUCAAUAAACAUAAAAUCAUUCAUCAGUAAUGACAAUAAUCUUGUUUUACAGGUACUUAAACUAUUUUUGCUGCUCAAACAAUCAAAAGCCUUCAGAGUUGUGACUGUUUUGAUAAAGAAGCUGCGAUUUCAUAAUCAGUAAGAGUGUUUUCUAUUUUUAUUACAGCAUCGUGUGGAUUUUAAACCCUCCGCAUUUCAAAUAUUAACCAGAAAAUGUUACAAUUCAAGAGUUUACAGGUCAGAUUGUUGUACUGUGACACUAAAACAUAAGGGAUUUAUUUUAGAAAAGGAAAAGAGAAGAAGCCGUUUUGAAUAUUUUGUACAAACGAAUAAAUUUCUCUGAUUUGUUUCUA